AUGUCCCAAAAACAACAAAUUCUUGAUAAACAACUACAAAAUUAUUAUUAUGAUGGACAUUCUGUUCGGCAAUUUCAGCAAGUACAACAUUCGCAGGUUCAAAAUUCCGAACAGCGACAAAUUUAUGCGCAACAAAUUAAUAAUCCAACCCAGCAAAUUUUUCAACAACAAAUUCAACAAACUCAACAAACUCCAAAUAUUGAUCAAGAAAUCAUUCCAUUCGAUAAUUCAUUAUCAAUUAUUGCAACAAGUCCACCAUUUCAAAAAGUGACUGGUAUCAAUAACAAUAAUGACAUGCUAUCAGCGCAAUCUUUACCACAACAACCCCACCAAUUAGUUUAUGUUAAAAGUAGCUCGCAUACAUCGUCUUCACCUUCGACUAAUAACGAUAUUAGUAAUAAUUGUCAUCAAUAUAAUCGCGAUUUAAAUUUAAAUGUUUCUACAUUAAAUUGUGGAAACAACAAUAAUGACCUCUUUUCAUUGAUGAUCCAUCAUAUCACAGCAAUUAAAGACCAUAGGAUGAAGAUUAGUCAACAUAUUUUUGAGUUGGAACAAGUCAUCAAUAUAAAAGAAAAUCUUAGAGCUGAAUGUUUUAAGUGA